AUGAAAGCUCUGUGCGCUGCCGUCCUGGUGCUCCUGCAGUCGGCCACCACUUUCGUCCAGGCCCCAGCACGAACUGUGGAGGGCCCCCAGCACCAGCUGCGUGUGCUGGAGACUGCGGCUGUGUCAACAGGACUGACGCUCACAGGCUCCCUGCCGGCUCUGGCCACUUGGGGCGAGGGCUCCGAGGCCGGGCAGAACAUCGACCCAGAUUCCACGGAGGCCUACAACCGCAAG